GCUGCCGCUCGCCAGCUCGUGGUCAUGGCCUUGAUCUCAGUGGCUCGCGCGAUGGCCUCUUGGCCGCCUGAUGCGGCCAACAUGUGAUAAGAAACUGUUUGGCUUAGCUCUGGAGUGUGCAGCCUUGGUACGAUGCUGUCCGCCGAGCUGAGCCUUGCCACAAUUAAGCCAAAUUGACGUCUCUGUCGGAGCAGUUGCCGUUAACGAUGACAGCGAUGCAAGUGGACAGCCAGCUCGUUAUAGAACAACUCAGCCCAGAGGGCGAAAGCCGGUGCCUAGAACCCAAACGAGAACUAGAACCUGACAGAACCUGUAGAGGCGAACGGGCGGUUUUGGUAUAAAAGGACCUGGCGGCAGCUAGCCUAAUGCAGUAAGAACUUCAGAGUUCUAGACGCAGCUUCAAGUUAUAUUUCAGCAUGCAAUUCCUGGUGCUCUCWCUGGUGGCCUCCAGCUUGGCGCUGGCCCAGGGCCUGGCCGUCUACUCCAGCUACCCGUUGGUGUACACGGCUCAGGGCAGCGCCGUCGUAACUCCUACGCAGCAGCAGUAUCAAACACAGGACGUACUGGGUCAGUAUGCCUACGGCUAUGCCGAGCCGCACUCCAGCAAGCAGGAGUUCCGCAGCAUCGAUGGCAUCACUCGCGGCAGCUACAGCUACCGCGAUGCGGCUGGCAAGCUGCAGACCGUGGACUACAGGGCCGACGACCAGGGCUUUCAUGUGGCUGCCACGAACUUGCCGCAGCAGUUCCGUGCGGUCGGCUCGUCAGGCGCUGACAUUCCCGCUGCAACUGCCGCCGCCGCUGCCAACAAUCGUGCUGACGCCGUCGAAGUUGCCGCCGCAACUACUCGCCAUCUGGCGGCUCAUGAGGCGGCUCGACUGCAUCUGGCGCAGGCUCAACAGUCAGGCGGAGCUCAGUCAGUCGGCCACUCAGGUGUGGGCCUGCCUCUUCCCGUCGCCGACACAGCCGAGGUAGCCGCCGCCAAGUCGAUCCAUCUCAAACGCGUCGCCUCCGAGGCCCUACGCAACGAACUGAUCAGCGGUCGAUCCGUGCCCAGCACCAGYUCCCAUGUCAUUCUGCCCGUGCACUCCAUCUACAGCAUUCCGCGCUAUUACAGCUCCGGUUUCUAUUACUAAGUUCAAUUUGUCAUGCAUUUCAUGAGCUAAUAAAGAGAUUG